AUGCUUCACUGACACUUCCGAUCAGUACACGUUAGUCUACUUUUGGGUUACAAAUUUUCAUGUUGUUGCAAGCGCCAGAGAAAUGUCGACGUUGAUUGUAGAUUUCUCUCGUUCAAUGUCCUCUUUCUGGCGCGUACUUUUCGUUGCUGCUCUUCUGCUUUGUUUGGCCAGGAGUGGCUUUACAUGCCCAGAAAAUUGUCUAUGUUACCGGACGCAUGCCGGACCAACUGUGCGCUGCAACCAUCAUUCUUUGUCAAGAAUACCAAAUGUUCCAGCUUCGACUGUUGUGUUGGAUUUGAGAUUCAACAAUAUAUCAGUAAUCAGUAAUGGGGACCUGGCACAGCUGCGAUACCUCACCACACUAUUCCUUAGCGGUAAUAACAUUCAAAUUAUUGAGCCAGAGGCCUUUACAGAAUUAGUAUCCCUCAAAUAUCUAUAUUUGUUCAAUAAUAAGCUUAAACGGAUACACGAGAAUGCAUUCAGUGGCCUCCGUUCUCUUGAGCAGUUAUAUCUACACCUGAACGAAAUAGAAGACAUUCCUGCAUUCACAUUCAAUGACCUUACCGCUCUUGAACGAUUGUAUCUUCAUCACAACCGCCUAAGAUCUGUUCCAAGGGGAUUGUUUAAAAAUCUGGAGUCAUUAAGAAGACUCCGACUCGAUUCUAACCCACUGAACUGUACCUGUGAUGUCCUGUGGCUUUCUCAGCUGCUGAAGAAGACACCAAAUACGGAGACAGCGGCUACUUGUGGUGAACCACCCCACCUAAGAGGGACAGCUUUAGUGCGUCUUACUCCAGAAGACGUCAACUGCAUACCACCAUCGUUUGUAAAAACGCCAGCCAACAUAGAAGUCUCAGUGCGAGAUCGUCAGGUGCUGUUCAGAUGCCUUGCCACAGGCAACCCAACACCGACUAUAUCAUGGCGGAAAAACGGCAAGCCCCUAAAGCCGGACACACGUCAUGUCAUGAGCGAGAGCGGCGCGCUAAGUAUUUUUGAUCCUAAGUUUGACGAUGAAGGAAAUUAUGAGUGCGUGGCAGAAAAUUCUGCUGGGGAGAUCGUCAGUAAGGCAGCACUAAAUUAUCAUGGAGUUGAAGCUCCACCGUUUCUCGUCCAGUACCCUCAUUCCAAGGUAGAAUCUAUUGAAGGCAACCCAGUGACUUUCACUUGCCGCGCCCGCGGUAACCCUAAGCCUGUUAUCGAAUGGACUAAAGAUGGAACACCGCUGGCCUUUAUUCAUCAUUAUAAAGUCUUGCCAUCCGGGGAUUUGUACAUUCCGGAAGUGCGCGUCGUUGAUCAUGGGAUGUACAGAUGUCGCGCAUCCAACAGGGCCGGAGCCGUGGCAGCGACGACCAGAUUGACUGUGACGGCUCAACCAAAAUUUACUACAAGACCCGAAAAUACUGAAGUAUUAGAGGGAAGUACGACGGAAUUAAAUUGCCGAGUCAGCGGUUACCCAGUACCAGCUAUCGCCUGGACCAAAGAUGGCGACCGACUUCCGUCACCAGACCGUCAUGUUGUCCUGCCAUCCGGGACUUUACGAAUAUUGUUUGCGUCACGUAGUGACCAGGGACAGUAUGAAUGCCAAGCAAUUAAUAUCAUCGGAGUGAGACUGGCGAGAGCAUUUCUGACGGUGAAACCUCGAGUUCCUCCCUCCAUUGUGGAAUCCCCCACAGACAUCAUUGUGACCGCUGGUCGCACAGUUGAAAUUCGCUGUUCAGCUUAUGGCGCCCCUAAGCCAAUAAUAACAUGGAUCAAAAACAAUGUACACAUCACAGAAGCGAACAGGUACUCUGUGAGCAAAUCCGGGACCUUAAGCAUCCGGGAUGUUGGAAAGACUGAUGAAGGGCGCUACGAAUGCGCAGCACGCAACAGCAUUGGGGCCGCGUCUGCGCAGAUGACGCUAACUGUACAGAUUCCCUCGGAUGAAAACCGUAUCGGCAUUGAUGUUAUCAACCGAACAAUUGGUAUAGCCAGGGAAAACGUUAACAGAGCAAUAAACGCCAGCAUAAAAAUGCUGUUUUCUUCUUCACAACCAAGGAAACCCAGUGAUCUUCUCGCUUUGUUUCGCUUUCCGUCUCCUGCGGCACAACAGAUCGCAAAAUCUGCCGAAAUCUUCGAACGCACGAUCCAGCUUGUCCACGAGCACGUCAAAGAAAUGGAUAGGGUAAACAUUAGCAACGAGAAGUACAAUUUCUUUCAUCUGUUGUCUCCGCAGCACGUCAGUGUUAUCGCCAACUUGUCAGGAUGUAGUGCUCAUCGCCGAAUCAACAACUGCUCCGACAUGUGCUUCCACCUCAAGUACCGCACGAUCGAUGGUACAUGCAACAAUCUACAGCAUUCCAUGUGGGGAGCCUCACUGACACCUUUUAAACGUCUGCUAAGUCCCGUUUACGAAAAUGGUUAUAACACGCCGGUGGGUUGGCAGGACACGGAGGGGCGCCCGAGCGCGCGUCUUGUAUCUACAGAACUGGUGUCAUCUAAAGAAGUCAGCGAAGAUGAAAAGUUCACUCACAUGUUGAUGCAGUGGGGGCAAUUCCUCGAUCACGAUAUCGAUUUUAUUGUGAGUAGCUUAAGCACGCUCAGGUUCAGCGAUGGUCUCGACUGCACAAAAAAUUACGGGUUUUGUGAUAAUCAGCCACCAUGUUUUCCUAUCGCAAUCCCGGACAACGACAAACGCAUCAAUAAUAAUGGGCAUAAAUGUCUGCCUUUUACUCGUUCGAGUGCAGUUUGUGGCACGGGGAUGACGUCCGUGUUUUUCAGUGCUGUCACUCCCCGGGAACAGAUGAACCAAAUCACCUCGUACAUCGACGCAUCAAAUGUUUAUGGCUCAUCAAAAGAGGAGGUGAUGAACUUACGAGAUUUAGAGAGCAGAGGACUUCUUAAAUCAAACUCCAGCAUCGGCAGUGGAAAACCCUUGCUGCCCUUUAACCGCGACACUCCUAUUGAAUGUCUUCAAUCCGAUGACAGUCCUGUCCCGUGUUUCCUUGCGGGAGAUUUCCGCGCCAACGAACAGCUCGGUCUGCUGUCGAUGCACACAAUAUGGGUGCGCGAACACAACCGCAUUGCGCAGGAGCUAGGAGACUUGAAUCCCCACUGGGAUGGGGAUAAAGUGUACCACGAGGCACGCAAAAUAGUAGGGGCCGAGAUGCAACAUAUUUCCUACACCGAAUGGCUCCCUAAGAUUCUUGGCCCUCAAGGAAUGGCUCUCAUGGGGACCUACAAUGGAUACGAACCAAAUAUUGAUGCAGGGAUCGUUAACGCUUUUGCAACAGCAGCCUUUAGGUUUGGUCACGGACUAAUCAAUCCGAUACUCUUCCGUCUCAACUCUUCUUUUCAACCAAUCGAGCAAGGAAAUAUUCCUCUACACAAAGCGUUCUUCUCACCCUAUCGGCUGGUCACCGAGGGUGGAGUAGACCCAAUUUUGCGUGGGCUCUUUGGAAGGGCCGCCAAGAGUCGAGAUGACAAACAUCAGCUUAUAAAUUCGGAGCUCACAGAGAGGCUCUUUGAAAUGGCUCAUGAGGUGGCCCUCGAUCUUGGUGCGCUCAACAUACAGAGAGGACGGGAUCAUGCGUUACCAGGAUACAAUAGUUGGCGUGGUCUUUGCAAUCUUUCCGUGGUAGAAACGUUUGAUGAUCUUAAAAACGAGAUUGUGGAUAGCGAUAUUCGCGCCAAGUUGAAAGAACUGUAUCAACAUCCAUCAAACAUCGACUUGUGGGUGGGAGGACUCCUGGAGGAAUUGGCACCUGGUGCCCUCGUUGGACCAACAUUUACUUGUAUCAUUGCUGAACAGUUUAGACGAACGAGAGCUGGAGAUAGAUUCUGGUAUGAAAGCCCAUCCACUUUUGAUCAUUCUCAGUUGAUUCAAAUCAAACAAACGUCGUUGGCCAGCGUGUUGUGUGACAACGGGGAUGCGAUUGACCGGGUUCAGCGGGACGUAUUUCUCCGCGCCACCUACCCCGAGGGAUAUGUGUCGUGUUCUUCCAUUCCCCGCAUGGAUCUCCGCAUGUGGAAAUAUUGCGAGCAUGGUCACUGCUCCACCCCAGACAACACCCCUACGUUCAGUAAUCAUAUUCAGGGACGUUUGUUUAAGCGAUCAGUGGAGGAAUAUUUCUCAGAAACAGAAAAUCAAGAACACGAGGAAGAGGAAGAAAAUAAUGAUCCGAACUUGGAAGAAGGAGAGAAGCUUGUUACAUCGCCAACCGAGGACGAAAAAGAAGGAGUAAUUGAGUUUACCUCGGAAGAAAACAUUUUGAGUUUGAAUAAAAGAGUUCAACUUCUUGAAAAUACAGUAGCAAAAAUGGCUAACACUUUGACCACAUUAGAAGACGCAUUUAAAAGUCUACAAAAACAGGUUGGAGAAACAAAAGAAAAAGCAAAAACGAAAGAAACAAGAAGUUGUGGAGUUGUUCAAGGCAGUGCUCGUCAAGAGGGUGAAACGUGGCAGAAAGAUAUUUGUACCCAUUGUUCAUGCAAAGACGGAGAAGUUCAGUGUAAUGAAAUAAUAUGCAAAGAGGUUUCAUGUAAGGAAUAUUACCAGGAUGAUAAUGAAUGCUGCCCGCGUUGUUUAGAGUAAAAUGGUGGCUUUGCUUGUCAAGUACCACGGUGCAUCAGCUGUCACUUAUGCGGUUACCAUGGAAACUACCUGGUCUCUUAUAGCAGUCAAGGAAAGAUUCUAAGUGAGACUGAUGUAACUUAAAGCGACCACGGAGACCUCAGGCGUGUAUUUUAACAUGAGAUUCAUUUCUUGCUUGCAAUAUGCUGCAGUGCCUCGGGCAGAGAUUUUUCUUCUGUAUGGAUACUAUAUCUUAGGAGCUUUUAUGGGAUAGAUAACAUAAAUUGCGAUGCUGUUUGGUAAAAAUGAGGAUGAUUUUUUUCUAGAUCAUGCGCUUUAAAAGUCAAUUGCAUUUUGUAAAUUUUUGCCAUAAGUUUUUUUUGAGGUGAAUAGUUAAGAAAUGAUAAUCAUGUUUCCAAAUUCUUUUUUCUGUUUUGUCAUUUCUUUCUUGAAUCAAUGAGAUUUCUGUCGAGAUUUAGGGCUUUUUCUCCCUUCGCUAUAUGUGCAGCCCAGGGUAACAGUGCUUAUUGCGUGCACUGAUUGCCCAGCUGGGAAGUGAUUGUCAAGUACUAUCCAUCGCCGAAAAGACAAAACCGCGCGUCAAGAGUUAAAUUUGCGAUCAUGCUUCCUUAUAUUGACCGAUAGAAAUUACUUCUUUAGUUAUCUUGUGGUAUUUAUCAAAACAAUUAUUUCUCUCUGUUCGGUUAAAUGGUGGAUAUUCACCUCUCUGCUUUGCAGUUUAGUAAAUUUCCUGCACAUUUCACAUUUGCUUCGUUGAAUAACUGUUGACUGUAUUCUUAUGGACUUACAUCAAAGUCAUCUGCGUCCGAGACGCAUUGAAGAGAAAGAUUAUAAACACAGUCUUUCAAGUAUACGACCAGGCAGUGAUUAGCACGGCGGGAGGACCGCUCUGUGAACACAGCCUUGCCGGCAUAAAAGCAGGCUCUCAUUAGCGCUGCAGGAAAAGCGGUAACCUCGAGUAGAGCGGGAGAGGUGCGCGUCUCGAGCCGUUCCUCGACAAAUGGGCCGCAGCACCUAUCGAGAGCCUACCAAUAAUUUCAAGUUCCACCAGAGUUAACUUAUCCUGCAACACAGUUGUCAUUUUUUGUUUUUUUCAGGCCAGCGGAGGUUAGCGCGAGCGGGCUCCACAGGCGCGACGAGCAAAGUAGCACCUCCCCUCGCGCGUAACUCGCUUACCACUCACACUCGCCCCGCUCUUGUACCCGCUCGCGUGCCGCUGGUCUCCACUGACCCGCAGGCUACACUAAGGGAUCAUCUAUUCUGUCAUAUUCGUCUUGCAUUGCUCUUUCACCCGAGAUACGUUACACAUUUCUAGCUCGUCUUACCUCUUCUAUAUUUCGAGUGAAAGGAAAGCUUUCUAUAUGAUUUUCCAAACUGAGGGGAAACUUAGAAAACAGAUAGGUAUGUUACAGGUCUGUACAGGGAAAAACCUUCUACUUGAUACCAUAUCAAACACUUCGGGCACAGUUUUCUCCCGAUACGGACCUCAUGUCCACGCAGGGUUUACUACAUCUCAUGCCGAGUGUUUCAAACGUUUCACGCAGUGUUUGGUUGGAAAAUUAUUAACGUUUGUUUUCAACUGCUCCAAAACCUCUACUUCAUGUUACGGGUUGUUUUUGUUCGCGUAAGCGCCAGACAUCGGAGUCGACCGCUUCUUUUGCUCUUGACCCUUUCACUCCCAAAAGUGAUUAACACGUCUCUUCUUUCUACACUCUCCAUACUUUAUCCAUCAAAUCGGUCAUGAGAAUACUCAAACUUAUCAGGUAUAAAUUGUUAUCUUAAGCUAGCACCAAAUUCUCGUAAUCAAUUUACAAGGAAAGGUAUUAAUAGCAGCUAGAGGGGAGAAUUAGGAAUCAGAUCUUGGGAGUUAAAGGGUUUAGAGAAAGACAACGAACCAUUGAUUAAAAAAGUCCUAUUUAAAAAGUUUGUCGAUCAAUAGUUCAUUUUCCCUUUAAUAGAACUUGGACUAAGUGCUCUGCUUCAGCUUGCGCCAGCUUUGCUAUCCUUGUAGAGCUGUAGUAUUGUAGAAAUUUGGAUAAUGUUUGAACAUCAGUAAAAUUUUUAAUCUCA